CCGCCAAAAAAACUCGAGAGAAGAAGAAGACGAAGAAGAAGGGACAGAUGUUAACGUGCAUGCUGAUGACUGCAGGCUGUUUGGUUCGCGAGCACGACAAUUAAUAAAUCUCCUGUUUACAUCCUAACGUUAUCUAAGUAGUGUAUAUUUGGAACAGCUGGUCACAGUAAAGAGCGACGCACACGUUAGCACAUUUGAAGAUGUCUGUAACGGAGAUGUUUAGCUAUAUCCAAGGAUUUUUGAGUGCCGAUCAAGAUAUUCGAGAGGACAUAAGAAAAGUUGUCCAAGUUCUGGAGCAGACAGCGAGAGAGAUCCUCACUGUUCUUCAAAGUGUCCAUCAACCAAGUGGUUUCACAGACAUUCCCAGCAAGUGUCUAAAGGCCAGAGAGCUGUUCUGCACUGUAAGAAACCACACUGGAGAGCUGAAAACUAAGUUCCCAGUCGAACAGUACUAUCGGUAUCAUGAACACUGGAGAUUUGUUCUUCAACGACUUGCCUUCCUUGCAGCUUUUGUGGUAUACCUGGAAAGCGAGUCCUUGGUUACACGUGAGGAAGUGGCAAAAAUACUUGCCAUUGAAGUCGACAGAGAAAAAGGGUUUCAUUUGGAUGUGGAAGACUAUCUAGCAGGAGUUCUUAUUAUGGCCAGCGAGCUGUCCAGGCUGGCAGUGAACAGCGUGACCGCAGGGGACUAUGGACGUCCGCUUAGGAUCUCAAACUUCAUCAAUGAACUUGACUCUGGCUUUCGGUUGCUCAACUUAAAAAAUGACCCUCUUCGCAAGCGCUACGAUGGCCUCAAGUACGAUGUGAAGAAGAUUGAGGAGGUGGUAUACGAUCUUUCCAUCCGAGGCCUUGCCAAGGAGCUGGAGGCUGGAGGAGAUAAGUAGAGGCGGUGUGGAAACGCAAGAGGCCGCGGGGCACUACCCUGGCUGGGAUUCUCCAUGACUGGAAGAGUGGUUAAACCUGUCAGUGAGCAGGUGCUCGGAGGAAGAGGGGAGGGAAUGGAGGUUUUGAAGCCCCAGCAGCCUUGAGCAGUGUUUUUUAAACCACCUGCCCACCAUGACCGAGAUCAGUUCAGAUUUUAGAGGGGAGAUCUUCUCUAUCUCACUUUUGUUGAGAGAUUCUUAUGAACAGAUGCAUUUGUUUGCCUGUUUUUUUUGGGGGGGAUUGGAUGCUUUUUUACUAUUAUUGAUGUUUUUGUCUUGGCUAUCUCUCUUGUGAAUCAUUGUACAGUCAAACAAGGAAGAAAACAUUUUUGGGUGUUUUCAUAAAACAUAUUUAAGAAUGCUGUUAAAAACAAAAGUUCUGUGCCUGUUUUGUGGCUUGUCCAGUCAAGACAUCAAAACGUUUUCUUGAUGUUGAACUACAUAAAUAUGACAUUUGACAUAACCUAUGCUUAUUGAUUCAUUAAAUUGGGUUUUGUACCCAAACACCUUUCUUGAAUGUAACUAUGAUUAAGUCACGUUAAUAGUAUCUUGCUAAAGGUAUACAUGAAGAUAAAAUGUAUAAAUCUUUCCCUAAAUGUUUAGUUUCAUACUGCAAAUACAUAUUGAAUCUGUAAAUCAUCUAGUGGUUUCUUAAACCACUGGUUUGCUGUUGGUACAUAUUUACUUCUUUAAAAGGACAGU